AUGAUGUUGCGUUUCGCUUUGUUCUCGGUUGUGUUACUAAUUGGUACUCAAGUUCAGUGUCAAGAUGUAGAAAUAGCUGAUGAAGAGUUCCUUACGCCGUCAAAGCUACCAACCAGUGAGGAUUCCUCAGUUGAACAGGAAGACAUCUUCGGCAGUUCUUCUGACAUCAAUGCCAUUCUGAAUUUUGUGAAUCCGCCAUUAGACCUGCAUAAAUCAGCAGGUCAAAUCUCUCUCGUGGCAGGGAAGCAGUCAAGUUUUAUUGUGUGGCUAGAGAACAGACAGAUCAGCUCAAAUGCCUAUACUCUUUAUACUCUUGAGGCUGCUCUCCAUUAUCCGCGGUAUUUUGGCUAUCACAUCCAAAACUUCACUGUUCAGCGAUUACACAACACAUUGGAACCAAAACACCAGGCCACUCUUUUUUAUACCUUUACCCCGGCAGCACAGCUGGCUGGACAACACUUUGACUUGGCUGUUAUUUUGACGUAUCAUGACCAAACUGGCAAACCAUAUUCCCACCCCCUCUUCAAUGAAACAAUCGCUUUUCUAGAAGAUGGUGAAGGAAUGGACGUGGAGUUGAUAUUCCUCGGUGUAAUGGUUGUCGGUGUCUGCAUUCUUGUUAUUGGCUUCGUUUGGCACUGGAUAUCUACAAAGGCGAGCAGGCGUGCCCAGGGAAGCAAAUCUAGUGCUACGUACAAUGGUGGUGCGAAAUCCAGCGUGAACGUAUCUAAAACCUCUGCCACCUCACCCAACGGUAUUGUACAUUGCAUUUAUUCAUAG